ACGUUCAUCACAUUGCCAGUGUUCGCCCGAGAGAGCAGACGUAGAUCACGCCGGUGCUGCUGACGGUUAUAUCCCUUUGCAAAGGUGAUUGUUUUGUUCUGAGCAUUUUUUUCCCGCUGUGUGUGCGCGAUAGUGGAAGGGCGCUGUGUUUUGGUGAUCCAUCAUCAUCAUCAUCGUCGUCGGUCGUGCUCCUUAUUUGCGACUUCAAGAGCAGCAGGACAGCCGGGCGCGGGCGCGUGUGUGUAAUUCAGCGCUUGCUUUGAUAGCAGUUUAUUGUGGUGUGCUGCUUGCUCUGAUCGACGAGUACUAAGCGGACUGAGCUGAGCCAUCAAUUGGUGUUCAGAACGUUGGGGACUGUUCUGCGGUACGGUUUGAUAAGUGACUGAAGUGUGUGAGUAAUUGUGCCAAUUAGUGAUAAAUGUGCUGAACGAUGCUGAGCCUACCGAAGAACAUCGAAAACAUCUGCCGGCUUUGCCUGACGGAGUCUGUGGAUGGAAGUGAUAUGCUGCCGAUGUUUCCGGUGCGCGGAGGGAACCCUUAUGCACCGCAUACGGUGGUAUCAAAGAUCCUGCAAUGCACAACAGUGAAGAUCGAACACUUCCAAGGUGCUCCUACCACCAUCUGCGAAUUUUGCAACGCACGGCUCGAUGACUGGCAAAGCUUCCGGGAACAAUGCAUCGGAACGGACGAAUACCUUAAGGCCACAUAUCGAGAAAUUUUCAACCCAGAAGGAGUCAGAGCAGAUGAGAUUAUCAAACAGCAGUCGCAGGUGUUUGAGCAGCAACGCGUGCAACAACAGCAACAACAAGCACAGUAUCAGCGACAACAACAAUAUCGACCGCAACAACAACCACAACAGUAUCGACCUCUACAGCAACCUCAGCAACAGACUCAACCACAGCAAAAACUACAAGAGAAACGAGAGCAGCAAUUCCUCGAGCAAAUGACCGAUUUGACCCCACCAUCGGAGGACGACAACGGAAGCUUCCUAUUCGGCGAGGAAAUUUCCCCCGAGGACAUGAUGGAUCAAUUCUACGACGACGAACAGGACGACGAAAUGGACAACGAAACGUUGAUCCAACAGCUGAAAAGCCAAACCGGAAUCCGCAUACCGAAGUGGUCCAGAGAGUUCGGAGCAAAGCUCAACUCGCUGCUACACGUGGUGGGAGGUGAACGUCCUCACCAGUGUAAAGUGUGCAGAAAGCGCUUCCUUCGACGGCCACACUGCCGCCGCCACGUGGCUCAAGCUCAUGGUGCAGUAAUCGAAAGCGUCAAGCUGCCCUCAAAUUGGCAAUCGACUGCUGGGCGAAGAUUUAGCUUCGCCCGCGAACCGGUUCAGCAGGUCAUGGAACCUGUUCCACCGUCACCUCCGCCACGGGUUGACCAUUUUGAAACCAGUGUGGAACGUCCAUACCAGUGCGAAGUUUGCAAGAAGUGUUUCAAACGCAGCCAACACCUACGGCGUCACAGAACGUCCCAUUUGCAGAUCGAAAUCGAUCGUUCGGAAAUCAUGCGCGGUAUCAACGAACAACAAAGAGCACAGCUGCAGCUGUCCACACUGACCACUCUUCCCGAAGACAUGAAUGGAAACGGACCGACCGAAAACGGAUUGGAAAAAGCGGACUAUGACGAUGAAGUGAUUGCUCUAUCGGACGACGAUGAGGACAUGGGCGAGGAAAUUUCACCCGAAGAGUUUAUCAGUGCUCAGUUUAAACAAGAUAAUGCCCCGGUAGAAUUACCUCCGGAACCGAAACAGCCUCGGCUCUCAGACAUUCCGCAUCUUUUCUAUGGCAACGAGGAUGACGAAGAAGACGAAGACGAACGCCAAUACAUUACAAAAUCAGGAACAAUCCGGAAGCGUGCACCGCCGAUGCCAAAACUUCCCGGCGAUCGUCCAUAUCAGUGCCGAAAGUGCAAGAAGCUGUUCAAACGCUCGGACCACCUCAAGUCGCAUCUCAAGACGCACACUUCCGAAACGGAUUUCAACUGCGACUAUUGUCAGAAGGGCUUCCGCUACCGGCAGAACUAUCUGAUCCACAUGAAGAACAAAACUUGUUUCAGCGAAAAGGGCAUGUUCCAGGGACAUCAGAUGUCGAACUCUUCGGUCCACUCGGGCUCGUCGAGAAGUUCGUCGCGUGACAUCGAUGAAGUGCUGGGGGAUUAGGAAGCGGAAAAGUGCCAUAGAUUUUUCUUGUACAAAAGUAGAUUGUAAGCAAUAACAGUCAUUCUAUCCAAAAACUGUAACAAACUGAAUCUAAAAGUAAAAAACACGAAGGAUCGCAAUUUACUUCGCCACCCAAAAAGAAAAUAACUCGAAUGCUAACUACUAAGGACAAUGUACCAUAACGAUCUGAUGAAAAAGUAACAAUAAACCACUGAAAGCUA